AGUAGGACGGUUACCAGGAUACUGAGCCGAAGAGGGGCACCGGGGGAGGGGCGGGAAGCCAGGCGCUUGCUCUCCGGCCCAGGGAAAGGGAGCUACUGCGCCAGACCCGCUCUAACCAUGAUGUUCCCCGGCCUCCUUGCGCCUCCCGCGGGAUACCCUAGCCUCCUGCGACCCACGCCCACCUUAACACUGCCCCAGUCCCUUCAAUCCGCAUUUUCCGGCCACUCUAGUUUCCUAGUAGAAGAUUUGAUCCGCAUCAGCCGGCCUCCCACCUACCUGUCCCGCAGCAUACCCGCUGCCAGCCUGUCACCCCCCAGUCAGGAGGCCCCCGCAGCCCUCGCCGACUCAGGGACCUCAGACCUGGGCUCUCCUGGGUCCGGGAGCCGGCGGGGCAGUUCUCCACAGACUGCCCUCUCCCCUGCCAGCGAGCCCACGUUUCUGAAGUUUGGGGUGAAUGCCAUCCUUUCCUCGGCGCCCAGAAGAGAAACUUCGCCGGCUUUGCUGCAGAGCCCUCCUCCCAAGACGUUCGCCUUUCCAUACUUCGAAGGCUCGUUCCAACCCUUUAUCAGAUCCUCCUAUUUCCCAGCUUCCUCCAGCGUCGUGCCUAUCCCUGGGACCUUCUCCUGGCCACUGGCUGCUCGCGGCAAGCCUCGCCGGGGUAUGCUGCGCAGAGCCGUGUUCUCUGACGUGCAGCGGAAAGCCCUGGAGAAGACGUUUCAGAAGCAGAAGUACAUCAGCAAGCCAGACCGGAAAAAGCUGGCCUCCAAGCUUGGCUUGAAGGACUCGCAGGUGAAAAUCUGGUUCCAGAAUCGACGCAUGAAAUGGCGGAACUCCAAAGAGCGGGAGCUCCUGUCUAGCGGGGGCUGCCGAGAGCAGACCCUUCCCACAAAACUAAACCCCCAUCCAGACCUUAGUGAUGUAGGCCAGAAGGGGCCUGGGGAUGAGGAGGAAGACAGUCCGGGUGCCCGCCUGGCCUACCACGCGCCCCCAGACCCGCGACAUUUGCUGGAAGGGCCACUGCCUGCCUCGCCGGCACACUCAAGCAGCCCCGGUAAACCGUCAGACUUCUCUGAUUCUGAUGAGGAUGAGGAGGGCGAGGAGGAUGAGGAAAUCACCGUGUCCUAGGAGCCCCUCCAGCGGCUCUGGGGCUGUUGCAAUUGGAAACUGGAGAGGGAACGCCCACGUGGCCACCUCUGUUCAGGAUCCUGGAUCCUGCCUCUUCCCACAACAGACCCACCACCUUCUCAGGGGUGGCAUCACCCUUUCUGUUGUCCCAGAGACAUUUCCUUGCUCUGUGCUGCCACCUCUAAACAACCCUUCCCACGGGAGCGUGGGUCUUUUCCACACAACAUUGCAUCUAUUUAUUGCAAAUUUAUUUUAGACACCACGUGCAGGGUGUGUGUAGAGGGGCGUCUCUAGUCCCACUGCCAGUGCUUACCGUGAGUCAGGUCCUGUCAAACACCAAGCCUCUGACCCCUAACUUCCUGGGUGGCCACCUUUCUGCAGGGAGUAUCAGUCAACCAUCCUGUCUUCUCACUGUGAGAGUAGAAAGCACAGGAGAAUAAGGGCACCAUCUCCCUGUCUAAGGGGAAAGCACUAUCAAGCAAGCUUCUCGUUUCUUGAUGCUCCUUUGGCGGGAGAAGCGAUCUCUCUCUGUAGACAUGUGCAUCCAGUGCUCUGCUUGGUGUCGUUCUGCUUCUCCAAUGGGAGCCUUUUCAGAGCGCUAGCUCCUGGCACUGGGGUGUGGACUUGUCUGACUCUCUGACAUGUUUCACCCAGCUUUGCAGUCUGGGCAGCUUUCCUGAGCUGUGCUCUACUGUGUAUCUAUAUUUUGUAUGGAUGUUUUAUACUGAGGUUAUUGUGAAUGACCAUAAUGAAGGGCUGGCUGUGUCCCUCUCAUUAUUUUUCUCUGCAAUGGUCUUUAAAGUCUAAAAGGUAGCUGUGUAACUUCAUAAUUUAUAAGGAAAUGCUUAUUUUGUAUUUUUUACCAUGUACAGACUUUUUAUAUAUGUAUAUAUGUAUCAAAUGGACAAAUGCCAAAUAAAAAGUAGAAUGAG